ACUAGUGCUGCAGUGUUUUGAAAAUAUUAACCGUACGGGCGGGGUUUAAUUCCCGUAAUUUAGUAGCACGGAUAGUACGGUGUUGCAACGUACAGUAAUAUUAUAUAAUUUAAAAUUCAGGAUGCUGAAUAAAUUUGGCAAGGGAGUUCGAUUUGGUGGAGAAUUUCGUUGAGAGCUUGCAUAGUUUUGAUACUUCAUUUUGUGACAAUGAAAGUACAAAUUAACCAAUGCGUAUCACAGAGCGUGUGCACAGUGAGGGCGCUCGGUGCAAGCUCUCUAUUAAUAGCAAAAAUAGACGCAGAGACGAAACACCUGUGAGACAAUUAAAGGUGUUAGAAGACACAAUUUACUUUGGAAAUCCACAACUAUAGACAAUUGAUAAUCUGUCAUCAGACAUAGACUUAAUUAGAUCAUCAUAUGCUUUGUGUUCUCAUUUCUGGGGGCGUGGCCAUGAGAAUUCUUCCGUUGUGUCAUAAUUCAGGAAACAAUGCGAGAUAAGAGUUUCCACGAGUACGGGAAAUUACACAUCAUUCUAGGCCACCCCGUGGAUGUGUACUGCACGGGGUAACAUUAAAAGCACGUCAGAGAUAUUUUGACAACAAGGAACCUUGCACGUAAUUUGCCGGCCUUUUGUGUGAAGCCGUAUUUCUGAGUUGUCUGCGUUACAGCUUUGUGGGCGGGGAUUGCCAAGUUUCGAUCAUUGUCAUCGUGCAUCUGCAUGACGAUUAUAGCCAGGUAGUGGCUUCAUAACUGCAAUCUUCUGACGGCAUAUCUCCAACAUGGCCAGCAUUGACUCCGCACCCCAGCCCGUUCGGAUGUUCCUGUGGACCGUACCCCGCUCAGUCUCCACGGCCUUCGAACGAUGCAUGAGCGGUCUAGGCAACGUAGCCCUAGUCCACGAGCCCUACACCACGGCCUACUACUUUGGUCCCGAUCGCAAGUUCCUCAACACCCCGUUCCUACCGGUCGAGCACGACUACUCCUACGCCAAAGUCAAGGCCAUGAUGGAAGCCGAGUUUUACGAGAAGGAUUACGUCUUCGGCAAAGACCACGCCUACUCCUUGGACGAACGCUACGACUCGAUACCAGAUGGGUUCAUCCAUACGAUUCUUAUUCGAGACCCUGCCAGGGCGUUGGCCUCGUUUUAUGAUGUCUGCAACAUGCCGAUUUUGAGAUACUACAGCAUCUUGAAACAUGUCCUACCAGAAGGCUACGCAUUCAAGCAACUCUACGAUCUCUACGAGCAUCUAAAGAGCACCACGGACCGGGAGCCAGUGAUCUUAGACUCCGACGAUCUGCUCAGAUACCCGGAGCAGAUGAUCCGCCGCUACUGCGAGGCGAUUGGGGUUCCUUUUAACACCAGCAUGCUGGAUUGGGAUCCACAGGUCAACGUGACUCAGUCCUGGGCUAGUAGUCUCAAGCUCAUGCAGCAUAUCGGAGUUUACGAGAAGGCACUCAAGAGCACCAGUUUUAACGUUCGUCAUCAGCCCAAGCAGGUUGACGUGCUCUCACUGCCUGCCGAGUACCAGCACGCUAUCAAAGUCUCGCAGCCGUUCUACGAUAAACUGUACGAGAAGAGACUAAUUCCGGAAGACAGAGAGACAGAAGUCUAAGUUAAUUACAGUAAGGGUGAAAAAUAACAAAUUGAGCUUGCACUGAUUCCAAACUCCAUGAUAUCUUUAUCAAAUUAAAGAACAGCUUGACUUGGAAAAGAGCAGCUCCCUACAAAAACUUGCAAAGUUUUAAAACAUUAUUGUCGUGGACAAGAUUUUACUAAAAGCAACUUGGCUUUGUGACGUCCUAACAAGUUAUUGAAGUGCCCCAUAAAGCCUUAGAAAAUUUUGCCUCCCGAUAACCAGAACAGUCAGUUCAAAAACCUAAAAUGUAUUCCUUUCAAGGUUUCCAGGAAAUCUUUCUGUAAAAUAAACAAUAAAAGUGCGAUUGUAUCAAUUGUAAAUUUAGGGUGAGUUAAUUUCUGCAAUGAAGAUAUUGUAAUUGAUCAGUGAAUCGAAGAAAAUAGCUUGACUAAUUAACCUGAGUAAAUAAAUGACGGAUAAUUUAUCAAGACAUAUUUAUUAUGUUGA